AUGAGGCUCAUACAUGCCAGGACAGGCGAGAUCGUCGAAUUUCCUAACGAGGAGGUUAAAUACAUCCCAGAGUAUGCGAUCUUGUCUCAUACCUGGGAAGCUGGUGAGGUCAGCUAUCAGGACUAUCAGGACUGGCAAGAUCAAAAGAUCCGGGCCUUUAAGAAAGGCUUCCUGAAAAUCAGGUCGACUCGCGAACAGGCAGUGAAAGAUAAAAUUGACUGGGUUUGGAUUGAUACCUGCUGUAUCAACAAGUGGAACAGCACCGAGCUAUCCGAGGCAAUCAACUCCAUGUUUCGGUGGUACCGUAACGCGAAGAAGUGUUAUGCCUAUCUUUUCGACGUCCAAAGGGAGGAAACCUUGAGUAUCCCGUUGACAUUUGAGAAGAGCAAAUGGUUUACCCGUGGGUGGACGUUGCAGGAACUCUUGGCACCAAACGACGUGGUUUUCUUUUCCUCUGACUGGACAGAGCUUGGAUCGAGAAGGAGCCUAUCGCGGGCCAUUUCUAAAAUCACGGGGAUUAGCGAAAUAAUUCUAGACGGCUACCGCAGUCUGAGUAGUGUUAGCGUCGCCCAGAAGAUGUCGUGGGCCUCAGAUCGCGUUACGACGAAACCAGAAGAUAUCGCCUACUGCCUUCUCGGUACUUUUGGUAUAUCAAUGCCACUGCUAUACGGAGAAGGAGAUCGAGCGUUCCUCAGACUCCAAGAAGAGAUCAUCAAGGUUUCACCCGACCAAAGUAUCCUCGCUUGGGAGAGGUUGCCUUCAUGGUGCUGGUGGUUCGACAAGGGCGGAGAGCGUCUAGUGGACUACGAAAUGGAGCAGCAAAGUUACAGCAGCAGGAACGAAAUUCGAUAUCCCUUUACAAGGUUGAAGAGCAUGUCUGUUGAUUCGACAGCCUUGUUACUGCCCCCUCCGGCACCGGAUGAUAGGACAAUCCUGGCUCCGGAUCCUGUUAACUUUUUCCGUUCACACGAUGUUGAGACCACCGACGCUGGCCGGCUUAUGCCGUUUUCGAUGACGAAUAUCGGUCUGUCAAUCCGGCUCCAUCUCAUCCCCAUUCAAGGUGACCGGUCGCGGUUUUUUGCCGCUCUCCAGUGUACGUCUGGCGCCUUGGAUUCACACCAGCUUUAUAUCCCUGUAAUUCGGACAACGGCGGGAUCCUGGGUUCGAUCGCGAGAGCCAAAACGGCCCGCCCUCACGGUCAGUGCUAACAAAACAUGCGCUGUACCCCCUACUCGAAUGCUUUUUGUAACCGGUGAUGACGACGACGAGCAUGACGAAUUUCUCAUCUACGGAGGCUUGUCCCCGGGAGAGUGGCUGGCACCCUUUUCCUAUGCUUUUUGGCUUUCUCUUCCGUGCGGUGACGAUGGCUGGAAACUGUUCCGGCGGUAG